AUGACCUCCCACGCACAUGAUUCGUGUUUGCAUUAUCCUCAUUCGUUGCCAUCAUUAGCAUCAUCAAUAUAUUCACGAACAACAACAACAUUCUCUUCUGAUCUACAGGAUCGAAUCUUUCAAAACAUGAAUCGAAAGAAAUUUUCGAAAUUUAGAAAUGGUUCUUCAUCGUCGUCUUUGCAGCGAUUAUUGUUUUUAUUGUUUUUCCUUUCCGUCUCAUCAUUUCUAUGGUUCAUCGUGAUUCAAACAAUUUCCUUUUAUAGAAACCAUUUCGAUACUACAAGUCCUCCACAAUCAUCAACGAGCAUUUCAUCCCAUCCAUCCUCGUCCUUCUUCUUUUUGGUACACGCUCGACCCAUACCUUCUUUGACAUUUGGCAGGUCUGACUUUUCCGAAGAACCAUUCUUUAAAGACAUGAUGAACCAACAAGACUCUUUGAAUUUAUAUCAUUCUCCAUUUCUCUCAAUCAUGAAUGUCCAUUCUACAUCCUCCAAUGAUUCACGAGGAACUUCAGGAAGUUCUGAAAGUUAUAAUCCAUUCUAUAGUAUUAGCAAACAAAUUGCAUCAUUAAAGAUGAAUUUGGUGAGAAUGACAUUUCAUGGAACGCAAGCUCCAGAUACAUUUGAUCCAGAAAGUUCGGACUACUGGCAAGGAAUUGGUACAUUGGCAUUGGGAGGAGGAAUUUUGAGUAUCAUUUCAAUUUUAAUGUUACUCUGUUGUGAUACCUUUCGUACAUUGGGAUGUUUUGGAGGCGUCGAACCAACCAAACAAUUAUUCUAUGGACGAGAACCAAGAAAAGAACCUUAUGGCAUGUGUCAAGUGUUCACAUUGAAAAUUAUUAUUGCAGUGGCACUUGUGGUUGUGACAGGACUUGUAGUCUUGGUAAUUAUUGGAAAUGUGAUUUUUAAUAAUGCAUUUGAAUAUGGUCGUUCGAAUUUUAAAUCUGGACUCAAUACCAUGUUUAAUCAAUCCAUUGAAUUACAAAUUGUGACCAAUAGAAUUCAAGUAGCGUCUGGCUCUAACGCUCAAUUAACAGAUAUUAGUUCAUUAAUGUCUCAACAACAAGCCAGUAUGAAUGCAACAAGUACUUUGACACGAGAAAUUCGUCACAUGAAUUUCAUUCGAUACUUUUUAUUAAUGCUCAUUGCGUUGGUUAUUUUGUUUGUUCCAUUAUUGGGAUUAUUGAGCGGAGUGACUCAUUGGAAAGAAUUUGCUGCAUACGGUGUGAGAUUUGGUUACAUGAUGCUCGUGUGUUGUUGGAUUUUAUAUACCGUGCAUUUUGCAUUUGCAGUUGUCACGCAAGACAUGUGUGCCACUGCAGAUCGUUAUUUACAAGGUCAAUAUUCGAAUAGUACUGGAAGUUCAGAACUUGUGAAACAAAUCUCCUCUCUCGUUCAAAUCUUUUCCAAAUGUUCCAAUGAAAGUGUCCUCGUGGCAAAUAGUGGAAUUGACAUGACACUCAUUGACACCAUGAUUACAAGUUUGAAUCAAAAAUUAACCAACGACGAUCCUCAAAAACGAUACUUUAACAUUAUCUAUGCCAACUUGAGUAGUGCCGUCACCAUUGAUUAUGUUCAAGCCAAUCCACAAACUCAAGCCAAUGUCCAAAAAUCAGUCGACACUAUUACUCUCUUCCAUGACGAUCUCGUUCCAACGUUCAUGACACACAAUAAUUGUAGUCGUGUCGGACAAUCCUUUGUCAAUGUUGUGGAUUCAGGUUGCGUGGGCAUGUUAUCGAGUAUGAAUAUUUUAUGGGCAAGUUAUUUAGUGCUUGGAGUUUUAUUAUUUCCCAUUAUUUGGAUGAAUUGUUUGGGAUAUAAACGAUUCAGAAAGAAGAGAUUUGUUUUACCGAAAGAACGAAAACCUGAAGAUAUUGACAUUGCUUUGAAUUUACAUUAA